AUGAUGCUCUCAAACCUCUUAUUAUUUGUGCUUCCAACGUUAUCGUUGUCAUUCAUGACCCAGUCAGCGCCCCGCGUGGAAACGGCUCUUUUCGAUGGUGACGGAACUGGAGGCUGGGGAAUUGGAUCCUCUCGAGAACUAACACCAGAAGAAUUUGCCCGGAGUGAUAGAGCCUACUUUGAUGGCUACAAAAUGAGUGAACAAGGUGACUUUCGUCGGCAGAUCGCAGACGAUAAGGAAUCCUUGAAGCAGCAAGAAUUGGAAGAAUUGUUGGGAGUGGCCGCCAUUGCUGGAAUCAAGGUUAAGAAUCCAUCGGAACGGUUGAACAAAUUUGAGGACGCUGGCUUUGCAGCUGAUGAUGAUGAAGAUUUGGAUUUGAGUAUCUAA